CAGAUGCAGGGAAAGGGGUAGCUAGGUAACCCGGCUUGUCAAGGUUUACGAUGGAAAUGGCACCAAACGUUACGCUUGACCUUUAAUCAGGACACAGAAACUCGAUCUGCUGACGAUUCCUGCCUAGUAUCUGCCAUUUUUACGUCAUUCGAGGCAUUUUUCAAACGUGUUAGGCUACUAUAGCCACAAGCUGGCAGGCUAGCUAGCUAAAUUAAUAUGCUUAACGUUACCUGAAAGAGAGCAUGUUGGCUAUUAAUGGAUAAGCAAAUUUUCGUGUGCUAACUGUGGUGGAAACGAAAUAAUUAUGGCUGAUACAUGUUCAAGAGGGAUGGAAAGAGGCAGAGGAAGGAUUACAUCAGAUUCUAUGACGAGAGGCGCAUAUCCUCAACAGUAUGUUCACCCUGGCACACAGCAGCAGGGCAUAGACAUUCAGGAGCUUGCCUCUAAACGUGUCGAUAUCCAGAAGAAACGGUUUUAUUUGGACGUAAAACAAAGUGCACGGGGCAGAUUCCUAAAAAUUGCAGAGGUUUGGAUUGGAAGAGGCCGCCAUGAUAACAUCAGGAAGAGCAAAUUAACGCUGUCCAUGUCAAUGGCACCCGAUCUACGAUAUUGCCUGGGUGACUUCAUCGAUUAUUACGCUCACAUUGGGUUGCGAGGUGGCCUGGUACCACGGCCAGAAGUGCAGAGCAAUGGCCAGGGCCGCCCCCAAGAUUCCCGCAGAAGACAGCAAGAUCACCACCACGCAGCAUCAGUAUCUCCCACCGGCUCUGCGGUGUCGGAGGAGCAUACUCAUCGCGUCCUGAAGAGUGAAUUCAUUGAGAGAGACAAUAGAAAGUACUAUCUGGACCUGAAAGAGAACCAGCGAGGCAGGUUCCUCCGCAUCAGACAGACUGUCAGCAGAGGACAUGGCACCAUGGGUUACUACGGCCAGGGCAUCGAGCAGACCAUAGUGUUGCCGGCUCAAGGGCUAAUCGAAUUCAGAGAUGCACUGUCGCAGCUUAUUGAAGACUACGGCGAUGGUGAUGCCACGGAUGAGCGUGGAAGAGGCAAUAGGAACCACGAAGAAUCCCCCGAGCUUCCCGAGGCAGAAUCCUUUCGAGUGGACAAUAAGAGGUUUUAUUUCGACGUUGGUUCCAACCGGUACGGUGUCUUUUUGAAGAUUAGCGAGGUACGACAGCCAUACAGGAACACCAUAACAGUCCCCAUGAAAGCCUGGGCCAGAUUUGGAGAGAAUUUCAUCAGGUAUGAGGGGGAAAUGCGGCGAAUUUUCACCUGUCACGAGAAGAGGACAGAGACUCGCGAGGACGGUGAAGACCAAGAGGAUUGACAAUGGCAUGCUAUGGUUGUUAGAGGUUUCUAGUGAUGGUGGGUUAAAACGGAAAAGGGAAAAGGUAAACGUGACAAUAUCCUAGUUUAUAAGAAAAAGUAUUCUCAAUGUACCUCUAUAAUACUGUACUGUAUGACUAUUGUCAACUAGCACUUUUACAUUUUUUCAUGGUUAUUGUGUUUCAUUCGUAUAUUUAGAUUAUGGCAUCCGUUUUGAAAUCGGUGCAGGAGGACGGGUUGCCUAUUCUUGCACAAUGAAAACUGAUAUACAAAAUGCUAGAUGAUGAUAUAGCUAGGUCAUUUAUAUGAAGCGUAGAAAAAUGUUUCGUUGUGGUCGACUGUCCAUUUAAAGAAUUGCAGUGUGUGUGUGAAUGUACGUGCGUGUGCGCAUGUGCUUGUUUGAGUGAAGAAGAAAAAAAGGUGAGCCCCAUAUACCUCAGGGUGAGACAUGAUAGUGUACAACUUCCGGUAUUCCACCAGCAUUGGCAGUGGGGUGUAUUGUAAGAUUUACUGCUGAAGACUAGACAUGAUAUUGUUGUUAAAACAUCAACAAUCAUUUGCUCUGUGCAGUUAGUAUUUAAUGAUUGAGGAUUUAAUCUUAGUAUAGAAUAAACAAGGAUGAAGGA